AUGACCUCUCUUACCGCCGUGACUAUCAGACCACGGCCCUCGCCGCCCUUGGAAUGGGACAGCCGGCGUGUCUUGCUACUUCCAUUCCGCGAGGAUCAGAACGAGUUGACAGAAGUCGUGGCUGCUCUGGGUCCCAACGAAGCGAGCAAGACGGUUGCUUUUGCCCAUCUCGCAAUCAACAAGGCCAUCACGCAGCGGCAUGUGGUUAAUGCUGGCGUCGACAAGCCUCGUGUGACGAGCUCUGUAACGUACCGGGGCUUAACUGGCCCAGAUCAGUUCGCCUCUCUAGCCCGAACCUUCACAGGGCAUUUUCAUAGCCAUCAAACUAUCCGCAAUAAUGUUGACCUACAAGGUAGCAUCACCUACCUGGGCUCGCCCUUGCAGCUGAGCUGGGCAGACCUCAACGACGAGCAGCGGGGCGUUGUCUUGUUCGAUCCGGAAACGCUUGAGCAUGAACUGCUCGUCAACCCACAUGCUGUUAGUUACACAACGGCCAACAUACAGCAAGUACUUGAUGGCCAAGUUAGCAAAGGUGCUGUGGCUGACAAGCAUGUCAUGCUUGUUGGCGAACGUAACCUUCUACAGUACAUCACGGCUCGUGAUAUGCUGACCUCACAACAAUUAGAGGCGCGGAGCGUGCGAAAGUGGGCUCCCAUGGGAUUCGCCCUGGACGCCGAUCACACGACAUUCGGUGGCCUAGGAGCAUCGGUCCCGGAGAGUGAUGCUGCUGUGCAACUCUCGGAGACAUUCACUGGGGAUGAAGAAAUCCCAGAUAUGACGAGAGACGGCAUUUCAACCGAUGCUAAUAUCGAACCUCCCGCUGCAAAACUCGAUCUCGCCGCGGAAGCUCGCAAGUAUGUCGAAUCGCUGGAAUUGGACGAGAAUUUUCUCUCCCGCCGUCACGAGUUGGUUCGAGUUGGCCAACGAAUAAUCCAAGUUUCUCGAGAGAUGACAGAUCAGGACGAGGAACCCGAGCUUAACCACCAAGACUUCCUUGAACAGUCAUCUCAAGCUGUCGGGACAAAGACUGCUACCGAGGUGGCAGGACCCUCAACUCACGUCUUCGUUGCUGAGCCGCGUAAGCUCACAAUCACCAACUUUCUUGGCGUCCAAGGAACUAUCACUAUUGACUUUCGAAAGGAUCUCCCCCGCGGAUUGGCCUUCCUGGUGGGAGAUAACGGCUCUGGUAAGAGCACGCUCGUCGAGACCAUGGUAUCAAGAUUGCUGCUCAAGGAUAUUGAUAACGAUGUGAUUGAGGUGCAGAGCAAACUGAAAAUAGUGCUCAUGCACAUGGAGCACGUGGAAAGACGGCUCACAGAGGUGAACCGAACAUGGAAGCAACUACAAAAGGACACGGAGGAGGCUGACGCCCCCUUGGCGACAGCUGUGCAAGAGCUUGCAACUGCCGAAUUACGGGUGAACAGAGUACAUUCUAGCGAGGGAAAUACAUCAUUCAGAAACCAACAUGCAGAGAUCUCGACGUUGCAGGAUCAACUCACCACUGAAUAUGAGAACUUGAAACGGUUGGAGAAGUUGUAUGCUCGGAUACAGAAACAAAAGCCACCCGAACCGACGACAUGGCUUGCACAGCUACAGCGUCAAAUAAGCCAAAGACUGGAAAUUAUGUCUGAUACUCACAUCGUAGGCCUUAGCAAACUGUUACAUGCCGCGAAGAUGUUUAUCCUCCGUCUGCGAUUAAUGGCCGUCAGGAGCCUCUUGCGCAUAUCCGGAAUUUCAGGCAACGGUUCUCAGGUAACCAGCGCUCAGAAUCAUAACGUAAAGGCCAUCAUCAACAGUCUCAGAGAAGAUAUCAAUAAUAGCACGUCGCGGCUACAGCGGCUAAGCCACGAAGCCGAUAAAAUCAUUGCACUCGAAGAGCUCGCUAUCAAAGAAGUCGUCAUGAUCAAGAAGCAGCUCACGCAAGUCAUUCGGGCUCAAAUGGCAUGUGAAGAGAAGCGACAGGAGUUUACGCUCAAGCAAAAAGAAGCAAACAUGUACGCGAAAUCCUUCAAAGACGAGCAGUCGUCUCUGAACUCGUUACGAUCAGAACACGACACCUUGGCGACUACAUAUAAAGAGCUCAACGCCAACCGUGAGCUCUUCGACUUUUGGUCUGCUGCUCUGACAAAACGAACACCUCGAGCCUCUUCUACUCGAUCCAAGGCGAAAACAUCGGCCAACUACCGCGACCAUGUCCUCGGAAAGACAAUUUCAGAGCUGAAUACGCUGCUCGUCCAGGUCCUUACAAUGCUGUAUGAUGACACACGCCACGCGCGCGACAUGGCGACUGGAAUGCUACGUUCGCUGUUUGACUCUGAUUCUGUCAACAGCGCUACGGAUUCAUCCUUGUCCACGUCAGGACCUGUCUUAGAUCGCACCCUUGCUGUCAACGCCUCGCUCGCCUACGGCAAGCGCUCUGGUGGUGAACGUAAGCGCGUCGAUCUUGCGCUCUACUUUGCUCUGCUGCAACUGUCGUGGGCUAGAAGCGCCCACCGAGCCCACUACCUACUCGUCGACGAGGUCUUUGACAGUCUUGAUGAGGCAGGUCAAGCGGCUGUAGUCCGGUGGUGCGGGCUCAUGUCACAGACAGUAGGUUGGGUUGUGGUGAUUACGCACAGCCGAUUCUUGGUCGAGCGAGAUCUAGGGGAAGAUGCAGACAAGCUUCUGGUCGUGAGAGCAAGGAUGGGACAGAAGGGGACAGAGCUGACCGUCGAUGGACGAAGGAUUGGAGUUGAAGACAAGAGCUGA